AUGGGCCUCGCGUACAACAUCUACCUCAAUGCCAAGAAAAUCUACGGCUGCAAGAACUGCAAAACACACCUCGCCGACCACGACGAGAUCAUCUCCCAGUACGUCCCCUCUCCCCUUCCCCCCUCUUCUCCGCCCUUCCCUUCCCUUCCUAUUACUAACCCUGCCUGCCUCCAGAAUUUCCGCGGCCAACACGGCAAAGCCUACCUCUUCAACAGCGUCGUCAACAUCCAACAAGGCGAAGCCGGCGAGCGUAACAUGACCACCGGCCGCCACGUCGUCCGCGACAUCUGCUGUCGGCAGUGCAAGGAGAUCGUCGGGUGGAAGUACGAUCGCGCGUACGAGAGUACGGAGAAGUACAAGGAGGGCAAAUACAUCCUGGAGCAGGAGUUGUUGUGUCAGGUCAAUUAG